AUGGGUCUCUCCCCCCCUGGCCCUCCCCCACACGGCUUCGGCCUCCUCCUGGCCCCUCUCCUAUCCCCACAACAGGCCCUACCACCCCCUGGUCAUUUCCCUCCUCGCCCCCCUGGUCCCCUUGGACCGCCUCUGGCCCUCGCUCCCCCACCACACAUGACCGGGCCCCGACCUGGAGGUCCCCCACCGGCACCCCAUGUCAACCCAGCGUUCUUCCCUCCUCCUGGGGGUCCUAACAACAUGGGGGGCCCUCCUGGAGGAGACGGCAGGGGCCCCAACGGGCCCAACGACCCCUAUGGACGGCCACCUCCAUAUGACCGGGGUGACUUCGGACCCGCCGGCAGUAACCAGCGUCCCCCGCUAAUCUGUGAGUUUGACCUCAGGGCCCCCCUGCCCCGCGGCUGCCCAGACCCCUGGAUUAACGAGGGMUUGGUCGAUCUGAAAAAUGGCGGCCAGCACUUGCACAAUGCGAGUGACCCAGGGUUAGUAGAAAUACUGCCAGACCGCUGAAGGAACAUUAGGAACUAGCUUCCCCUGUAAU